UAACAAAUACCUGGCCAACUAUGGGAAAUGUCAAUCUGGGCUAGGGAGAGGAAGAAGGAACGCAGCAUCGACUCUGGAAUCGACCUGGAACCAAUAAACAAUAAACCCAUGCCCUGCUCAUCUUUGUCAUGAUAUUUUCUGUCGAUGAGUAAUGCAUUCGUUUUAUAUUCGUGGACGACAUGACUUGAAUUUCUGGGGUGUUGAUGAUUGUGUUGUUACGUUUGCACAGUAAAGAUCGUGACGGGGCUACUGCUAGAUCUAGCAAGUUGAGAUUGCCGAUCAAUCAUCUUUGAUUAUUCUGCGCUCUGGAACAUUAGACAGGAAAGUAAAUCUUGCUCUCUUGCUCCAACCACUACCUGUAGAGAGAUACAAUGUAAGCCCUGCUUACGGCUGAGACUGAAUAUUCUUCUAGCGUUAAGAUCACACCUUUCAGUUUGUCUUACACAGCUGCCUGAUCUUGAUCUAUGGUAAUUUAUGAGGGAAAGUGAAAGGACUCAGAAAGUGACAAUACUAGUGUCAACACACUCAAAAUCAAAGUCAGCCCAGGCCUGGAUUUAGGACUCUGCGGUGUCCAACGAUCUACCACACAGCCUGUCUAAGAUAGUACUGUGUGCAAAGGUGAAAAAAGUAUGGCCAGCCAAGAUCGAUCAAAUGGUAAUUGUAACUCGAGCUCAAAUAUGGACAUAAAUGACAGUAUUUCUAGAAAAAGUGAGUGGGUCAGACUGAAUGUAGGAGGUACGACUUUCUUGACUACAAGAACAACACUUGGAAGGGACCAGAAGUCAUUUCUGUACCGACUUGUUCAAGAAGCUGCAGAUCUCAACACGGACAAGGACACAGAUGGAGCUUUCCUCAUCGACAGAGAUCCCUCGUACUUUGGCCCGGUCCUGAACUUUUUGCGGCACGGGAAGUUGGUGAUGAACAAAGAUCUGGCAGAGGAAGGUGUUUUGGAGGAGGCUGAGUUCUACAACAUCACGGAGCUCAUCAAGGUGGUGAAGGAGAGGAUAACAGAAAGGGACGCCAAACAAAACCAGACCUUCCUGAAGAACGUGUACCGAGUGAUGCAAUGUUCGGGUCAGGAGCUCACACAGAUGGUCUCUACAAUCCCCGACGGGUGGAAGUUUGAGCAGCUAAUCAACAUCGGCUCCCACUACAACUAUGGCACAGAGGACCACGCGGAGUUUCUGUUUGUGGUCUCCAAGGAGUGUCCGACGCUUCUCAACGGAUCAGACGAGCCCUCCGACAGAGCCAAGGUUCUUCAGUUAAAGGGGACGAGGAUCUGAUCCUGUGGGCAGUGAGCCCAGGAGCUGACCGGCAGCAUGGACUGUUUGACCCUGACCUUGACCUUACCUCGACCUUGUGGCUGCCGCAGGAUGGGACAGAGUGUGUGUGGGUGUGGGUGUGUGUAGGGGUGGAUAUGUGGGUGUGUGUAGGGGUGGAUAUGUGUGUGGGU